UCGACGAGAUCACGAAUAUGCUGAAACUGUUCUGGGAAACCGAAAGCAUCGGAAUUACAGACGACAUCGAAUCCGCAACUCCCUUGCCAAUUGGAGCCAAGCGAAAUGAAGAAAUCUCUUUUGAUGGUUGUCAUUACGAAGUUGCACUGCCAUGGAAGGAUGACUGCUUCCCACGUACGAAUAACUAUCGAAUGUGUGAAAUCCGACUGCGAUCACUGCAUUUCAAAUUGAAAAAGGAUCCAGAUUUAUUGAGGGACUAUGACAAAAUUAUUCGAGAACAAGAGCAGACCGGAAUUGUUGAAAGAGUUCACGAAGAAGAAUCAAGCAGUACCGUUAACAACACCCGAAUCUAUUAUUCGCCACACCAUGCAGUGAUCAGAAAGGAUCGCGAAACAACUAAAGUGCGUGUAGUUUACGACAGGUCAGUGAAAGCGUCUAAAGAAGAACUGUCACUAAACGAUUGUUUAGAAACCGGCGAUAAUUACAUUCCGCACAUAUUUGACAUGCUAGCAAGAUUCCGAAACAACCCAAUUGGACUUACCGCAGACAUUGAAAAGGCUUUUCUAAUGGUCAGUAUUAAAGAAGAAGACCGAAACAUGCUACGUUUCCUGUGGUUUGAUAACCCAGAACAAGACAGACCAAGAAUCGCACAAUUUUUGGCAAGAUCAACUGGGAUGAAACACUACAAGGAGAGCUUCUUAGAAAGUGGAAAUCCUUAUUAGACGAAAUCCGAUGUUUUGAAACCGUACGUAUCCCGCGAUACUAUUUUGUUGGGUCACCUGUUGAAAUUCAAAUACACACCUUCAGUAACGCCUCCGAACACGCCUACACCACAGUUGUUUUCUUGAGAUCGCGUUACAAAGAUGGUCGUAUUCACGUGAGAUUAGCGGCUUCCAAAUCCAAAGUGGCACCCAUGACGAAGCAAACCAUUCCUCGUUUGGAACUUUUAGGCGCUUUAUCUCUAGUACGACUAGUCAUCAAGUUCAAGUCAUCGAUUGCAGAAGUUCACAAAACAGUUUAUUGGACUGACUCGAUGACCGCAUUGUGCUGGAUCAAAAACCAAAGGAUUGGGAAACAGUACAUUCAGCACCAAGUCGACGAGAUUCGCAGUCUAACUCCCAAAGAAGCAUGGCGACACUGUCCUGGUCAUCUAAAUCCAGCUGAUCUACCCUCGCGUGGUUUAACAGCUAAGGUCCUCGUAACUUGCGAAACGCGGUGGAAGGGCCCGCAAUUGUACCUUCCCAAAACCGAAUGGCCCAAGAAUCGAACAACUCAGUCCGAAGAUGAAGUCGCGCUCAACAAAGUUGUUAACAAGCCACAAGCUACUGUUCACUCACUUGUGAGCACCUCAGCAAGCCUGCCAGAGAGAAACAUUGACCAGAUUGUCAAUAUCAACCGAUUUUGCAACCUAACAAAAUUGCUUCGUGUAACCGCUCUCGUGAUCACGGCUGCUAAAUCCACACGUGGAAAUUAUUGCUCGAAAUUGGGCCAACUUUCAAUUUGGCCGCACGUGACCUGGGGUAAAGUUUUCCAAAAUCCAAGAUGGCGGAUAGCUCUGAACCCACCGAAGAGGAACUAA